CUUUUGCCUUGAAUUUAAAGCUGCUUCAUAAAAUCUUAAGCCAAGCCUUUCUCUGUUUGGCUCUUACUGCAUACAAGAUGGAGGAUGCUAAGCGGCCACUUCCCUCCCCUAAUGAAGACGACAACAAAGUCCAAGACCACCUCCUCAUAUCAACCACCUCCAUCUCCUCCACUACCUUCACCGCCAGCACCGAUGACAUCCCUCCCAUCUUAGGUGUCCGAGAUUUCUUCAGAGAAUCCUAUCAUGAAUGCAAGAAGCUCUGGUAUCUAGCUGGCCCUGCCAUCUUCACCUCCGUCUGCCAAUACUCCCUUGGCGCAGUCACUCAAGUCUUCGCCGGUCAAAUCAGCACUCUCGCCCUUGCUACCGUCUCCGUCGAAAACUCAGUCAUCGCCGGCUUCUCCUUGGGCCUCAUGUUCGGAAUGGGGAGCGCUCUAGAAACUCUCUGCGGCCAGGCUUUCGGCGCCGGCCAACUGGAUAUGCUCGGAGUAUACAUGCAACGGUCGUGGGUCAUCCUCAAUUCAACUGUCUUACUGCUCAGCUUAUUCUACGUAUUCGCGGCAUCGUUUUUAAAAUUAAUCGGUCAGACGGCGAGCAUAUCCAAAGCAGCCGGAGUUUUCUCCAUAUGGAUGAUCCCGCAGCUUUUCGCCUACGCAAUCAAUUUCCCGAUGGCCAAGUUUCUGCAGGCCCAAAGCAAGAUCAUGGCGAUGGCAGUGAUAGCAGCGGCGGCGCUAGUUUUUCACGCAUUGUUCAGCUGGCUGUUGAUGCUGAAGCUGGAGUGGGGCCUGGUGGGCGCUGCCGUUGUGUUAAAUGCGUCGUGGUGGUUCAUUAUCGUGGCGCAGUUUCUUUAUAUCAUCAGCGGGGCUUGCGUACCGGCAUGGACGGGGUUUUCCUGGAAGGCAUUCCAGAACUUGUGGAGCUUUGUGAGGUUGUCACUUGCAUCGGCUGUAAUGCUCUGCUUAGAGGUGUGGUAUUAUAUGGCACUGAUUCUCUUCGCUGGAUAUCUAAAGAAUGUAGAAGUUUCAGUGGAUGCCUUGUCCAUAUGCAUGAACAUAUUGGGGUGGACAGUCAUGGUAGCUCUGGGAAUGAAUGCAGCAAUAAGUGUGAGAGUCUCGAAUGAAUUGGGAGCGAGGCAUCCGAGAGCAGCAAAACUUUCAUUGGCGGUGGCUGUAAUCUCUUCAUUCUUGAUUGGUGUCGCCAUCUCAAUUAAUUUCUUAAUCUUCCGGAGAGAGUAUCCAUACUGGUUCUCAAACGACACACAUGUUCAAGAACUUGUCAGGGAACUCACUCCAUUGCUGGCUCUAUGCAUUGUCAUCAACUUCGUUCAACCUGUACUCUCAGGAGUUGCAGUGGGAGCAGGAUGGCAAGCUGUUGUUGCAUAUGUGAAUAUUGGGUGUUACUAUAUCUUUGGAGUUCCUCUUGGUCUCAUAUUAGGUUACAAGCUUGAAUUCGGUGUCAAGGGGAUUUGGUGUGGUAUGUUAUCAGGAACAACCUUGCAGACUAUUGUCCUGUUUGUUAUGAUUUAUAAAACAAAUUGGAACAGAGAGGCUUCUAUCGCUAAGGACAGGAUUAAGAAAUGGGGAGGUGAAGAAGGUUCUAAAGAGAACAAUGUGGGAAAAAAUAUUGAAGAGAAAGCAACAUAAUUAAGGGGUCAAAUGAAUUUUUGAGCAUAUUAGAUAUCGAGGAUGCGAGAGGACACAGUACACGGAUGUUCUUCCAUACAAAAUAUAAGAAAAAUGAGUAUGUAUGCAAUUAGAUUGACAAGUACCUGGGAUGGUGCAAUUACUUAACUGCAAUGCAAGCAUUUCAUUAUGUUCUAGUGUCCAGUGCAGAUCCUCCAUAGCCAAACAGUUCAAGAGAUUUCAAGAAAAAAAUUUUUGAAAA